AUGAUGUCUGCAAGCCUGCUCUUGGUGUUUCUUCUUUACCACCUGAUGGUACACGUUUCAUGUUCGACAGCUCCGCCCCUCGGGUCGACAAUUGCCGUAGCUACGCAGUUCGACAAACGUCAAUCGCCGAAUCAGUUCAGCCUGUCUUCAAGGCCACUUCCUCCGCCGCAUUUCAAGAUGCUCGUCAAUAUCCUUGAUCGCAAAGUAGCCUCUUUAGGGUACGCUGCGAGCAAGGCCGAGCCUCACUGGCAGAGUCGGAAUGCGCUUCCCUCGCUAGCCGGGACUGUCCGUGCUCAAUUGACAAACUUCCCUAAAAGACGCCAGUUUAUGGGUCUCGCAAACGACGGGCAAGGCACCAAGGUUUACGCCGUGCCCCUUUUCCACCAAGACUUCGACAGACACCGACCGAUCAUCGGCGAUUUCGCUGGUACAGGUGCUAGUAAAGGGUCUCAGCGAGUCUUGAUCGUAGGUCUUCGUAAGCCAGCACCGCUGGACUUGACUUUGUAUCGAGGACCAGCGAAUCUGCAACCAGCCACAGUUGAAAUGUAUGGACUGGCGCAAUUUGACCAUGCUGCGACUUUCCAUUCCAGGCUCGAGCGUCCCUGGCUCAACCGCGACAUUGCUGAAUCUUUGGAGGACGUGUUGCGACGUUAA